CUCCCUCUCUCUCUCUCCCCCCACCCUCCUGCCAUCUCUCACAUACGCUCAAAACACCCCAUCCACCCGUUUCUCUCGUCAUAUCCACACUAGCAGCCCGAACUAACCCACCCGCUCCAGCAUGACAUACACCAAGAAGCAAAUCGUCACAUGCCUAAGUGUCCUGUAUCUCGUUAUUGCGACUGCGCUUGCUGGUUACGCUGCCUCCCGCGCGAACGCCCGUUCCGUUCCCAUCGCUGAGACGCUGACCGGCUUCACCACGGCGUUUCCCAUUGUCUCUGGCCUGCUUCUCCAACUGGCCUAUGACCUGACCCGUCGCCGCGAGCGCCGCCAGCGACUGGGCCGUGGCGACAUUCAGCGGCCCCCGCUCGUCAUCAUCGCCAACACGCUCAUCUUCAUCUACUCGACCGUCAUCAUCACCCUGUCAGGUACCCAUGUCGCUCCCGCCUCCAACCUAAACUGCGGUCUGCGAGAGCGCUGGCAGACGCUCUUCAGGCACAAAGAUGCAACCGCCAUUCGACAGAUCCAGGAUGCCUUUAGUUGCUGCGGCCUGGCAAACUCACGUGACAUGGCUUGGCCCUUUCCAGACCGCACCCAUGAUUCGCGUGCAUGCGAAGCCACGUACCAUGGUAGAGCCAGCGGAUGCCUGGUUGCGUGGAAAGCUGAGGAGCAAAAGAUUGCCGGCUUACUCAUGACUGUUGUGGGCAUGGUCUUUCUCUGGCAGUUUGCCAUUAUCGCCAUACCUACCCAAAAGGACUCGUGGCUUCAUAAAGUUGUCCCAGACCGCCUUUCUCGCGUCCUUGCUGGUGAAGAAGGCGGUGAUGCUGACUCCCGACGUGCUAUUGAUUAUGUUCCUGGCUACAAUCGCUACUCAGAUCGCAUCGAGGAAGAGGCUGAGGAUGACGACCAGCAGACUCCUGGACGUGCCAUUGAAGACAGUAUUCGUCACACUGACCAUGUUUUUCCCGCGCAGAUUGGACGCGACAGGCAGCCGUCUGUGGAGAAUGAGUGGUCCAGGGGAGCGUGAGACAUUCUGAUGCUGAGGCAUGUCAAGAAGCAUGUUUCACUCGGGAUCUCAUUUUUCGAAACUCAUGCUAAGACAUGACUGCAACCGAUAUCUUCUCCCUAGUGAUUUAUUCUAAUCAGUAAUAAAUACUCGCAUCUUCGUAAAGUAUUUUCCUA